UUUAAUAAAAGACAAUCUGUUACGAAAGAAUGAUGGAAGUAUAUAAGACUAUUUUUGGUUUAUUUUACCGAAACAAUUUAUUAGAUUGAAUGCGUCGACUUUUUGUUUUGUUUGUUAAUUUUCACAAACGUUGCAGUAUACUGUACGCCAUCUUUGCAGAAUACCAAACAAGUAUAGCAUAGAUUUUAGCCAUGAAUUUAUUUGCAGGUUGUAAAGUCUUUGUACCAAACUGGUUGAAGAAAAAACGCCGAAAGCUUGUCACUUUUUUAAAGAAAAAUUUACUAGUCGUUUUGAUUGUCUUCGGCGCUUUUCUUGGGAUCAUUAUUGGUAUCAGCAUAAAUACAUCGAUUCAAAAAAUUAAACAACCUAACAGAUAUACAGCAAUAACUUGCAUCGGAUUUCCUGGAGAACUUUUAAUUAGAAUGUUAAAGAUGUUAAUAUUACCUCUUAUAGUAUGCAGUCUUAUUGCUGGACUUUCAAAUAUCGAUACCAAAACUUCUUUAAAAGUUGGAGGAAGAGCGUUAACAUAUUACCUUAGUACAACUGCUUUAGCAGCAAUUCUUGGAUUGAUUCUAGUUUCUGCAAUAAAACCAGGUAAAGGAAUAAAGCAGGUAGCCACUUUGAACAACCAAGAAUUAGUAAACCCCUUGGAUUCUUUUUUGGAUAUUGUCAGAAAUAUGUUUCCAGCCAAUAUUAUAUCAGCUUGCUUUGAACAGGAUAAAACCAUCAUUGUUGAGAUUAAAGAAGCUGUUGAAACAAAGACAAUCCUCUUUACAAAGGGAAAUUUAACAAAUGAUGAAAUUAAUGAGCUCAUUCAAAGAAGAGAAAUAUACUUGGUAUCUUCAGGAAACAAAAGUGAAACAUAUAUGAAAAAUGAAACAAUUUAUAGAAAUUACAAGAUCGGAAAAGGUUUGGGAGCUAAAGGGCCUACAAACUUUUUGGGAUUGAUUAUUUUUUCUAUUGCUGUUGGAACAGUUGCUUGUAAACUAGGUGAAAAAGCAAAACCAUUUGUUGAUAUCAUUGUUGCUUUUAAUGAUAUAGUUACUGAAUUGCUUAAAGUAGUUAUGUGGUAUUCUCCAUUUGGUAUUGGUUGUUUGAUAAUUGCUAGCUUUUCUGAGAUGGAGAAUGUAUCUAAGACGCUUUCUAGUUUGGGUUUGUUCAUCACAACAGUCGUCCUGGGAAUUGCUAUACAUGGAUUUGUUGUUUUGCCCGGUUUAUAUUUUGCAUUUACUCGUAAAAACCCUUAUAUCUUUCUUAAAGGAAUGUUUUCUGCUAUGGCAACUGCAUUUGGUACGAGUUCAAGUGCAGCAACGUUACCUGUGACUUUUCAAUGCCUUGAAGAAAAACUCAAUAUCGACAAAAGAAUUACUAGAUUUAUCAUACCAAUCGGAACAACAGUUAACAUGGAUGGUACUGCUCUUUAUGAAGCUGUCAGUGCAAUUUUUAUUGCUCAAUCUAUUGGUAGACAGUUGUCAUUCGGUGAUUACAUUCUUAUAAGUUUGACUUCCAUUUUGGCAUCAAUUGGAGCAGCAGCUAUUCCGCAUGCUGGUCUUAUAACAAUGAUCAUUGUUUUAGAUACAGUUGGUCUACCUACAGAUAUGGUUGCAGUUUUUUUUUCUGUGGAUUGGUUUCUAGGUCGCAUUCGCACUAUGAUAAAUGUUCUUGGUGAUGCGUACGGUGCGGGUAUCGUUCAGCAUUUAUCUAAAAAUGAACUGGAAAAUAUCACUUCAGUUCAUAAUGCAGCUCAAAUGUUUCAUGAAAGUUUCAGUAAUAGCUUCAGCGAAGACGAUGAAGAAAACGAGUGCAAAUCAAACUUUUCAAACGGCAAACUAGUAAUUAAAACUGAUCAUGAAAAUAUGUUCUCUGAAGAAUCUUAUGAAAUAAACUCAAAAAGAAUGCAGACAUAUUUAUGAAACAAUUAUUUUAUAUUUAUGAAACAAUUUUUUUAUAUUUAUGAAACAUAUUUAAUAAAGUUCUAUUACUACUCUCCUUAUUUUGAAUAUCUGACGCGCGUUAUUUUGAAUAUCUGACGCGCGUUAAUAAAUGUUCAAUAAUUUAUAAAAAUAAUAAAAUAGUUUAAUCAGUUUAAAAAUAACUGCAGCGUAAAUAUUUGGUUGCUAAUAAGAUUAAAUUUUAUUGAAUUGACAUUGAAGCUAUUUUUUCUAAAGCUACAUUGGGGCCUUGUGUUUCCGCUUUAAAUUGCAUUCUUUAAAUCUCUAUGAAACCAUGUUGUUUUUUUUAAACCUUACAAUUAUCCGCGCCAAUCGUUUUUCAAAAACUCAAAUAAUUUUUUCAGUAAAUUAAAGACAAAUGACUAUAAGCAAAUAAUUAAAGAAUAUAUAUAUUAAAUGGAUUUUUAGUGAUAGAAGGUUUUGUAUAGUUCUUUGAAAGCUUAGGCUACGCACUUGAAA